AUGCAACAACCCGGCGUAAGUAGUGUAGCUGCGAACGUAUUCAACCAAAUCGACAGGAACAGGAAGGGAGCCAUAACUGCGAAUGAAUUGCAGCAGGCAUUAUCCAACGGAUUGGGGACAUCAUUUAAUAUCAAAACGGUUGAACUGAUGAUAUGUAUGUUUGACAAAGAUAUGAAUGGCACUAUAAAUGUCUAUGAAUUCUCUCAACUAUUUGAGUACGUACAACAGUGGCAACAAUGUUUUCGAUCAUAUGACAGAGAUGGAUCCGGUACAAUCGACUGUCGAGAGUUUCAUACUGCUUUAACAAGCUUUGGUUAUCGAUUGUCUCCAGAAUUUUCACAAUUCUUAAUUAGAAAAUUCGAUAAAAAUCGCCGCGGAUCAGUAGGAUUUGAUAAUUUUAUCUUGGCAUGUGUUUGUUUAAAGAAUUUAACUGAUGUAUUUAGACCUUAUGAUUAUCAACGAAAUGGAAUGGCACAACUUAGUUAUGAACAAUUUUUAACUGCUGCAUUCAGUGUAGUUAGUUAG